UCUUUGGUACACGAAAAAUCAGUCCCGAACACGCGUGAGAUCGACGUUCCCCUUUUCCCCAGUUCGUACAGGUAUCCCAUGGAUACGACCACACACGUGCACUUUGCACUAUCAACUUUCCAAAUUCUCUGGUUCAUGGACCGGAGUAGAAUACGAUCUGUAUACGAGAACCGGCCCCCGAAGAAGCUUAUUUGGCUGAAUAUGCGGGGGCGAAACCCCACACACCAACCAUAUCGCAUGGAACCUUGCUUUUCAGCGACCAGCAACUUGUUUCCAGUUCACGCUCAUAUGCGUGUAAGACGAACUGCUGAUUCUGGUUGCGAGCAUAGCCUCAGUUUGCAGAUAUUGAUUAUCGAGAGAUGCAGGAUACGGUAUCGAGUAGCGACUGGCAAUGUUUGAACCUUGACUCAGGUCCGUGAUUUCUUGGAUUGGCUAGGCACACAUGGAGUGCAUUUCAUCGAUCAUUGUAUAAUUACGUCCAAUAAUAUGUAUCGCAGUGAUCAAUGCUAUUAACUGGUAGAGCCCCGAGACUCACUUUACGCUGUUUAGCACUCAACAGUCCCAUCUUGUCUUCCAUCUCAAGGAUGGCGUACUACCUCGGUGUACCGUCACCGGCUACGAUCAUAGGAACCCUCACCUCCCUACUGAUCCUAGAUAUCCUCGCAGUAGCGCUACGCUUCGUAGUUCGAAAAAGCCGCAAACAGCGUCUCCAAGCAGACGAUUGGCUGACAAUCCCCGCACUCAUCGUGACAAUCGGGAUGUCCACCAACUUAUUUUGGGGCGUCCGCACGCGGAAAUUAGGAUACCCAAUCCACACAACACUAGAUAACAUGGCGCCGGGCGUCCCAACCCGCAAGCACGACUACGCAGCCGUGACACUAGCACCCGCAGCGCUAUCCCUCAUCAAAGCGAGUUGUCUCUGUCUCUACCGCCGGCAUUUCGUCGUCGACAAAACCAACCCACGCGACCUCCGCAAUCUCUUCUUCGCCUUCUCAAUCACCGUCAUAAGCCUCUGGGGCGCUAGCUUAACCUUGACAUACGUGUUCGCGUGUGGGGUUAGAUGGGAGCUUAUUUCUGCUCCGCCGUGGGAGACGUAUGGACAUUGCAUUGAUCCGAUGAAGUUGGGGUAUUUUUUCAUGUACUCUGAUUUCGUGACUGAUGUGCUGGUUGUUAUUAUACCGAUCCCAUUCGUUUGGAGAAUGCGGUUGAGCUGGCGGACUAAAUGCGCGGUUCUAUGUGUGUUCUUGCUGGGUGCUUUCACAACUGUCUGUUCGCUUCUGAGAAUGCUAUUCAUGUUGUGGUCAUUCGAGGUUGGCAUAGAUCCUACAUUGGAUGAAGGGCUCAUGACAACGGUAGCAGAUUACUGGUUCACUGUCGAAGCGCAUGUCGGACUACUUGCCGCAUGCCUCCCUACUCUCCCAGGGCUUUUCAAAGGCACUAAACUUGGAAGCUCGUUCAAGAGUUGGUGGUCCUCUAGCACCGGAGCUUCUCGCGGAUUGAAGUCUGGUAAGUCUGGUGGUAUUCCGGGAAUAGAUAGCGAGAAGUCGGUCGCUUUCAUCAAUGAGGAUAUACUACGUGAGGAUUGA